AUGGGGUCCCUUCUGAAGUUGAAGUUCUUAGUGAAAUCGUUCGUUUUCGGCUCGCUUAUUGCUUCGUGUGCUCUUUACGGUGUGUUUGCCUCCGUCUUCCUUCGAAUCAUUGGCAAGGCUGAGUAUGCCCAGUACACUGUGGCUAGAGCCUUUUACUUCCUGUUCAGCCGUCUCUUGGGUAUCAAAAUUAUCCUCAAGAAUGAGCAUUUGUUGCAUCAAAAGCCAGCUGUGGUGAUUUCCAACCACCAGUCGGCCUUGGACAUUUUGGUCUUGGGUAAGAUUUUCCAGCCCGGCUACACCGUCACGGCCAAGAAGGCAUUGAAGUACCUCCCCUUCUUGGGCUGGUUCAUGAUUGCAUCGAGAACUUUCUUCUUGGACAGAGCCAAGGGCGAGAAGGCUAGAAAAGUGUUGGACCAGGCGCUUUUGAGCUUGAAACAGAACGACAGAAGUCUCUUUAUGUUCCCUGAAGGAACCCGUUCCGCCACCAAGAAGUUGGAGAUGCUCCCAUUCAAGAAGGGCGCUUUCCACCUUGCAAAGCAGGCCAAGAUCCCCGUCAUCCCUGUUGCAGUGCAAAACUACAGCACGUUGUUCCAGUCUAGGGACAAGAUCUUCAAGAGCGGUGAAAUCAUAAUUGAGGUUUUGGAGCCCGAGCCUACUGAUAAGUUGGAGACCAAGGAGGAUGUUGACGCCUUGGCUCUUCUGAUCAGAAACAAGAUGCUCAAGUCGAUUGAAUCGAUGGGCUACGCCACCACUUCUGACCACAAGAACGUCACUCCUCCACCCACCACCGAGGAAUCCACAGAUGCUGCAUCCGACGAGAGCAUUGAGAUUGUCUCAGAAUCCACUCCAUUAAUUUCCACCGACUAA